AUGAAAAUGUCCUGUCCCCACGACAGCCUGCCAAACUUGAAAGUGAUUGCGAAUUCAGGAGUGGGGAUGGAUCACCUGGAUUUAAAGCCUGUAGCUAGCUUUGGUGUGAAGAUGGCUAAUGCUCCACAUGCUGUUUCCAGUACCACAGCAGACACUGGGAUGGCUUUGCUGCUAGCAUCUGCUAGAAGACUCGUAGAAGUCCUUAACAUUUCAAUUUCUACAAGUAUGGACUACUGUGAAGCUGAUAUUCUGGGAAUUAAAGUUGCUGGAGCUACUCUGGGGAUCAUUGGCAUGGGCAACACUGGGUUUAAGAUUGCUGUGAGAGCCAAAGCAUUUGAAAUGAACAUUUUGUUCCACAACAGGACACGGAGGAAAGUGCAAGAGGAGCAAGCUGUCAGUGCCACUUACUGCAAAAAGAUAGACAGCUUGCUCCAGCAGGCAGAUUUUGUGAUGCUGGUGGUGAGCCUGACACCUCAGACACACAAGCUGAUCGAGAAAAGAGAGCUGGAGCUGAUGAAACCCACAGCUACCCUCAUAAACAUCAGUCGAGGUGCAGUAAACCAAGAGGCCCUGGUGGCAGCUCUGCAGACCGGUGUUAUCAGGGCCGCGGCUUUGGAUGUCACCUCCCCAGAACCACUGUCCAGAGAUCAUGCAUUGUUAAUUAACGUCAUUAUAGCACCUCACCUCCGCAUUAAAACAGACAAGGCCACCUACAUGGUAACAGAGGAAGCAGUUGAAAACGUACUAGCAGCCCUGAAUGGUCUCCCCCUACCCAGUGAAGUGCUCCCUAGCUGAUGUGUGAAAGGAUACUGCAUAUCUUUUUAUUCUUCUCUUUCUCUUUUUAUUCUUAUCUUUCCCCUCCAUAUCAGCUCUAAGGAUCUUUUUAAAUACAAGAAUGUCCAUACACCUCACUAAAGCUUGGAAGGAAACAGUUUGCCAUCGUGUCAGUUGUGUUUAUAUAGUUUCUGUUGUCUAAUACAAGUCCA